GUUCUACUUACUAUAGCCAGUACUGAGGGUAAGUAGGUACCUAGCACCUACCUAGUAGUCAGUGUGUUUGCAACGGCAUUUCCUUGUAGCCUAGCAUCUACGCGCCAUGAGAAGUGUGGUCGUACAAGAAGCACGCCAUUUCUCGAGUCAAGCUGAAUACGGGACAUUUUGCUGUCAGCUGCAAGGGCGUCGAGUGCCACUCGGCUGGGGAAUCGGCGGUUUCGCGAUGGUCUCGGCGCUGUUGCAGAGUGCCCUCAUUUGGGACAGAAGCAUGACGUGGAAGAACAAGAAGCACUCAGAGGAAGCCUUCUAGAUCCACUCGCACCAAGACAGGAGUUUGAGCCAAGAGUGAUUGGGCGAUCAUUCUCGAAU